UGCGCCUGCGUCCGCCUCCACAGCUCUCCAAAGACGAGACGCGCCACCGCCGCCGUCACUGCGGGCAUGACAUACUGGCAGCAGUAGUGGGCUUCCGUCAGCCCGCUUUUAAGCAGAUUACGAAAGGAGAGGAAGAUAAAGAAGAGUAGAAAGGAGAGAAGUGACUCAAUUCUACCCCUGCCGUGCGUCGAGAAGAGUAGAAGAGUCAAUGGCAGGGGCACAGCCUGGAGUUCAUGCGCUGCAGCUCAAGCCAGUGUCCGUGCCCGAGAGCCUAAGAAAGGGCAACAAAUUUAUGAAAUGGGAUGAUGAUUCUACCACUGUGACUCCGGUGACUCUAACAGUCGACCCCAAAGGUUACUUCCUGUAUUGGACCGACCAAAACAAGGAUACGGACCUCCUGGAUAUAGCGUACAUAAAAGAUGCCAGAAACGGAAAAUGUACCAAAACGCCAAAGGAAGCCAAGCUUCGUGAACUACUGGAUGUCAGCACCCUGGCGGGGAAGAUGGAGAACAGGAUGCUGACAGUGGUGAGUGGCCCUGAUAUGGUCAACAUCACCUACCUGAACUUCAUGGCUUUCCAAGAGGAGACGGCAAAGGAAUGGGCAGAGGAGCUGUUCAACCUGGCAUCUAACCUUUUGGUACAGAACAUGUCAAGAGAGGCCUGCCUGGAGAAAGCAUACACUCGGCUGAAGCUGCAGCUCAACCCUGAGGGGCGAAUCCCCGUCAAGAAUAUCUUCAGGAUGUUCUCGUCAGACAGGAAGCGAGUGGAGACAGCCCUGGAAAACUGUAGCCUCCCUUCUGGCAGAAAUGACUCCAUCCCCCAAGAGGACUUCACUCCAGAGGUGUAUAACAUGUUUCUGAGCAACAUCUGCUCUCGACCUGAGCUGGACCACAUCUUCUCUGAUGUUGGGGCUAAGAGCCGUCCAUACCUCACAGUGGAGCAAAUGACAGAGUUCAUUAACAGUAAACAGCGAGACCCUCGUCUGAAUGAGAUUCUCUACCCUCCUCUCAAACCAGAACAGGUCCAGCUGCUGGUGGACAAAUAUGAACCUAAUGCUUCGCUGGCACAGAAAGGUCAGAUCUCGGUGGAAGGCUUUGCCAGGUAUCUGAAUGGGGAGGAGAACACAAUCAUUCCCCCUGAGAAGUUGGACCAGAGUGAAGACAUGACCCUUCCCCUCUCCCACUAUUUCAUCAACUCCUCACACAACACAUACCUCACAGCUGGCCAGCUUGCAGGGAACUCUUCAGUUGAGAUGUACAAGCAGGUUCUCCUGUCAGGGUGCCGCUGCAUCGAACUGGACUGCUGGAAGGGUCGCACCACAGAAGAAGAGCCCGUCAUCACUCACGGCUUCACCAUGACAACUGAAAUCUCCUUCAAGGAGGUGAUCGAGGCCAUCGCAGAAUGUGCCUUCAAGACCUCUCCCUUCCCUAUCAUCCUGUCUUUUGAGAACCACGUGGACUCACCAAAGCAGCAGGCUAAGAUGGCAGAGUACUGCCGGUCAAUAUUUGGAGACGCAUUACUGACAGAGCCUCUGGAGAAAUAUCCUCUGGAGUCUAGUGUGCCACUGCCCAGCCCAAUGGAGCUGAUGGGGAAAAUCUUAGUGAAGAACAAGAAGAAACACCACAAGACAGACGGAAGCACCAAGAAGAAACUGUCCGAGCAGGUUUCUAACACCUACAGCGAUUCUUCCAGUGUGUGUGAGCCCUCCUCCCCUAGUGCAGGUUCAACCAAAGAGGAGAUGGCAGAUUCCUCACAGCCCUCUGAGGGCGCUGAGCUCAGCCUGAGGCCACAGGGCAGAAAGUCUAUCGGUGAGGUGGAGGCAGAAAGCGAAGAUGAAGACGAUGAUGAUGAUGACUGUAAAAAGGGCUCAAUGGAUGAGGGUACGGCAGGCAGCGAGGCGUUCGCCACAGAGGAAAUGUCCAACCUGGUCAUCUACAUCCAACCAGUCAAGUUUAACAGCUUCGAGGCUUCCAAAAAGAUCAAUCGCAGCUUCCAGAUGUCAUCCUUCGUAGAGACCAAAGCUUUGGAGCAGCUGACCAAAUCUCCUGUAGAGUUUGUGGAAUACAACAAGCUGCAGCUGAGCAGGAUCUACCCUAAAGGCACUCGAGUGGAUUCAUCCAACUACAACCCUCAGCUCUUCUGGAACGCCGGCUGUCAGCUGGUGGCUCUCAAUUUCCAAACCAUUGAUUUGUCCAUGCAGCUGAACCUGGGCAUGUAUGAGUACAAUGGGAAAUGCGGCUACAGACUCAAACCGGAGUUUAUGAGACGGCCAGACAAACACUUUGACCCUUUUACUGAGAGCACAGUGGAUGGGAUAGUUGCCAACACACUGUCUGUGAAGAUCAUCUCAGGCCAGUUCCUGUCAGAUAAGAAAGUAGGCACGUACGUGGAGAUCGACAUGUUUGGCUUACCAGUGGACACCAAGAGGAAAGCUUUCAAGACCAAGACUUCUCAGGGCAACGCCAUCAACCCUGUCUGGGAAGAAGAGGCCAUUGUCUUCAAGAAGGUUGUCCUGCCAACACUUGCUUCAAUAAGGAUAGCUGUGUUUGAAGAAGGAGGGAAGUUCAUCGGCCACCGUAUCAUUCCUGUAUCAGCCAUCCGUCCAGGUUAUCACUACAUCAGCCUACGGAAUGAGAAGAACCAGUCUCUGACGCUGCCUGCUCUGUUUGUGUAUGUAGAAGUAAAGGACUACGUCCCAGACACAUUUGCAGAUGUCAUAGAAGCCUUGUCUAAUCCCAUCCGCUAUGUCAACCUGAUGGAGCAGAGAGCCAAUCAGCUGGCUGCUCUCACUCUGGAGGAGGGAGGCGAGGAAGAGGGCGACAAAGAGGUGGAGGCAGGAAGUGAUGCCCCCUCAGAAUCUAAGGUGGACCAGAGGGUAGCGUUGCCUGCAGAGAACGGACUGACCCACACACCCAUUAUCGCCCCGAAACCCCCUUCGCUGGUCGGCCAGACUCAGUCUGCAGGCUCGCUGAAACCAUCGGUGAAGACUGAAGAUAUCAUUCAGAGCGUUCUCACUGAACUGGAGGCUCAGACACUGGAGGAAUUGAAGCAACAGAAAGGCUUUGUUCGGGAGCAGAGGAAGCAGUACAAGGAGAUGAAGGAGCUGGUUCGAAAACACCACCGCAAGACCAGCGAGCUGAUCAAGGAGCACACAGCUCGUGUAUCCGAGCUACAGAGCCAGCAUCAGCGCCGGCGCUCUGCCCUGCAGAAGAGCCACAAACGAGACGGUAAGAAAAGCCGGUCCGAGCCCUCUCUGUCGAUGCUGGACCAGGAGCUGUGUGAGCUGGAUCAGGAGUGCAACCAGAGGCUUGCAGAGCUGAAGGAGCAGCAGCAGCAGCAGCUCCUCACACUUCGCCAGGAGCAGUACUACAGCGAAAAGUACCAGAAACGAGAACACAUCAAACAGCUGGUUGAGAAGCUGACCACUAUAGCGGAGGAGUGCCAGAGCGCUCAGCUCAAGAAGCUCAGAGACAUCUGUGAAAAAGAAAAGAAAGAUCUCAAGAAGAAAAUGGACAAGAAAAGGCAAGAGAAAAUCAAUGAAGCCAAAUCUAAGGACAAGAAUGUGACAGAGGAAGAGAAGCUGGAGAUCAACAGAUCAUUUGUCAACGAGGUGGUGCAGUACAUCAAACGGUUGGAAGAUGCACAGAGUAAAAGACAGGAGAGACUACUAGAGAAGCACAAGGACAUCCGUCAGCAGAUCUUGGAUGAAAGGCCAAAGCUACAGAGCGAUCUGGACCAGGAGUACCAGGACAAAUUUCGCCGGCUACCCGUGGAGAUCCAAGAAUUUGUCCAGGACAGCAGCAAGGUCAAGCCUAGCGACGAUGGUGUCCAUGGAAACCUUGUUGCUUCCUCAACAACAGAGAAGCUCAACCACAAAGCGUCGCAGUCAGAGGACGACAUGGAAGAGGGCUCGUCGGAACGAGUAUCUAUGAUGAGACUGCCCCAACUUUGGUCCUAAUUUUAACCAAUGGGAGGAUUAGAUCAAAUCUGAGCCUGAAUUGGUGAGUAGAGGUCCUCUCUACGUAGAGUGCAGUCUUGUCCAGAAAACCAUUUCAUGUAAAUAGUACUUUUUGUGUAUUUGUAUGUUACCUGUAUGUUGUCGUCUCUUUCGGUACGGCCACAGGAUGUGUUACAAAGCACUAACUAUUUGCAGGAAAUAAUUUACUUGAACUAUUGCACAGAGAGAGUAGUUUCUUUUUAUUAUUUUUAUUAUCAUGAUAUUGACAGUAGUAGUGGUCAGUGAGGUGUGUGGUGCCAAGGUUUUGAAUUCACUUACAGUGGACAUUGUCUUUUAAAUGGAGUCAACUUGUACUGUAAAGAAACCACUGCAUAUUCAGCCUUUAAAUCUUCCAUCUUUAUAAGAUUUAGAUUCACCCUUCCAUGUUUGCACUGAAAGCUCACUACGUAACUGUAACUCUUAUACUUUAACCCAGAGGCACUGGUGGCUUGCUGGUUCUCGAUUUUGUUCUCACAGAACUAAGCCUAUGUGUUGCUGCUAUUUUGUUUUAAAACCAUAAUUUUUUAACCAUUAUUUGGUUUGUAUAAUAUUUGGCAUGGUAAUAUUAUGCACUGCUCUGUUAUUCUUUUUUUUAUAGCUAGUUUUUACAUUGUUUGUGGGCAGUUCUGCCCGGAGACCCAGAGAGGAAGUGAAGGGAAAUUGUGCUGUACAGUAUCUGCAUGUAUUUGAACAACUGUAAAUGUUACAGUAGCUCUGUAGCAGAGAUGUUAAUUAAAUGUAAAUCUAUUUUCUCUGAACAUUUAAACUAAACCUGCAAAACAGUCGACCCAGUGUGGCUUGAUAUGUCACUUUGGCUGAACGGGACUAAAAUAAGUAACAACACACCUUUCUCUUAGAUCCAACAUUAGCUGGCUCCAGUUAACAAGUGGCUCAUUGUAUUCUUUACCUUUGUCCCCUUGAACUUAAACUGUCAAACCAGGGCAUUCAAACAGAGGAAGAGGAUCCUGCUGUAGUUUUAUAGAAGUGGCCUUCCUCUUAACUGGUUCACUGUGUACCUACAGGGGAAUGUGUGUGUGCAGUGUCACAGUACACAGAGCAGAUUUACGGGACAACAGGAAAUAUGUCACCCACUGGCAUUAUUUUCAGUAUUCACCCACAAUUAUUAGCUGUAGUUUGAAGUGGGGAAAUAGUUCAGUUAUUUCGAAGCAGACCCCAAACGCUCAUUUUAUAUCUGCAGAACACCAGCGUUAACUUGAUCUCAUGAAUAACUGAGCUAAUUCCUCUUUAACAACUGUGCCCAUUCAGUUACCAUAAGGAAGUGUUUUUUUUUUUACUUCCACACUGUCCUGUGCCAUUUAACUCAUGGGUGUGUCAUUUGAUAUCAUAUCAUGUAUCAGCUGAUUUUCCUUUAAAAAAAUGUUGAAAGUGAAGGAUUACCUGACAUGUAAGUACAAACUACUUUUUAAAAAGAUGAUAUUGAUGUGAGAGUCCUGUGCCUUUGAAUAGGUUUGCCUUGUUUGAUGUUGAAUGUGUGAAAUGCAUCAUUGUUUAAAUUGCCAUUAUAUUAUAUUAUAUGAAGCUGUCUGAUAUUGAAUAGACCGUGUGCACUUUUUAGUACAGUACCACUACUGAGUAAUGCUUGUGAUGAGCAGUAUUUGACAUGUGUCUCAUAAAAAAUGCGAGACAUCCUUCUUUUAUGUCUUGAACCACUUUAUUUAACAGUCCCCCUCCUUCUCAUCAAAUUAAGUGUAUGCACUCUGGAAAUGUAAAUGUAUGUAUGACAUAAAGGAUAAAACAUGAAGUUGAUUAAAAAAAAAUAUAUAGUGUAAAGGGAAUUUGCCUGUAAUUAAAAUAAA